AAUAGACCAAGACAAAGAUGGCGACAUUGCAAAUCUGAAGACUCGAAAUCAUUGAAGCAAGAUUAAUUUUUACAUUUUACUUCUGUAAAGAUAGUGUAAUUUUAGUCAUAACUUCCCACAAGAAAUGGAGACGGAAACUAAUGAUGUAAGUACAUUUCACCAGUGUGUUGUAUGUGAUCAAAUUUAUCAACAGUACAGUGACCUAGAACUUCACAAUAAAAUACAUGUUAAAGAAGAGGAAAUUUACGAUGAAAAUUGUAAAGUACAUUUCGCUAAGGUAACAUCUGAUAUCAACAAACAUAUUAAAGAAGAGAAAACUGAUGAUGUUGAAGCCAUACAUCAAUGUAAACUGUGUUACGAGAAAUUUGAAUUAUACACUAAGUUAGUAGAACAUUGUGAAAUACAUGUUGAACAAGAGGAGUCUAGUUUGUCACAUCAAUGUACAGUUUGUAGCAAGCGUUUUGAACAAUAUUUAGACUUAGAAGAUCAUUGUAAAAUACAUGUAAAAGAAGAGAAAUCUGAAGCAAGCAACUCACAUCAAUGUAAACAGUGUGAUAAAAUCUUUGAGUUAUACACCGACUUUGAAGAACAUUAUAAAACACAUGUUAAACAAACAGAGUGUUCAUCACAUCAAUGUACUGUUUGUCAUAUACGUUUUACACGGUACAUUGAUCUUGAGAAUCAUACGUGUAGUCAUAAACAGUUAAUUCUUACAACACAACCAAAUAGAUCUAAAAAUAGUCGGCAGUAUGUUAAAACAAAAGGAAAACAUCAAUGCAAUCAGUGUCAUAAAAUAUUUCCGAAAAAUAGUUUACUUGAGAGACAUGCCAGAGUUCAUACUAAAGGAAAACCAUAUGAAUGUGAUGUUUGUGGUAAGGCCUAUAAAGACCAGGCUUAUUUUGAGAGACAUAUCAGUAUCCAUAAUGGAGACAAUCGCAUUCAAUGUGAUGUUUGUUGUAGAUUAUUCGCUGAUGCUGGACGUCUUGAGAGACAUGUCAGAAUUCAUACUGGUGAGAGGCCAUAUAAAUGUGAUGUUUGUAGUAAAUCUUUCAAACGACCUUCUGAUGUGACGAAACACAUGAAUAUUCAUUCAGCAACAAGACCGUUUACAUGUGAGAUUUGUGGUGUAUCAUUCCAUGAAAACUCUAAUCUCCGAAAACACAUGCGUAUUCACACAGGAGUAAAACCCUACUCUUGUCAGGUCUGUAGUUGGUCAUUCAACGAUAGCUCCACCCUGAAAUGUCACAUGAGGAUCCAUACCGGAGAGAAGGGCUAUCAAUGUGAUGUUUGCGGUAAAUCGUUCAGGAGUAAAUCGUACCUGUUAGUUCACACGCGUAUUCAUACGGGAGAAAAACCUUACAGGUGUGAUCUGUGUAGCAGGGCGUUUAAUCAACUGUGCGAUCUAAAGAGACAUACCAGCCGUCACUCGGGAGCGAAACCGUUCAAAUGCGAUGUUUGUAGUAAAUCGUUUAGUGUCAAGUCUGAUCUACAGGUUCACAUGCAAGCAAUGCACCAAACAUCAGGACAAAAAAUGGAACGUUGAGGAAACUCUACAUUUCGCCUGCUGACUGACAAUCAAAUGCGAUCUUUGUAGUAAAUCAUUUAGUGCCAAGUCUUUAUCUUCAGGGGGUUUUGGAUGGUCGAAUGGUUAGCAUGUGUGCGCUGUAUCAUAAGGUCUGUCAUUGAGUCAACUGACAUGAUUUCAAAUCCCCGGUUGUACCUGACAAGGAGUAGGGUGGCCUGUCCAACCUCGUGGGUUUUCGCUGGGUCCUCUGGUUGCUUCCCACUGCUAAAGACCCCUAUGCGGAAGCGAAUUAUUGAAAUAAAAUUGAACCAUGUGUUAGUCCCGAAAUGACCUAGAUUGUGUCGAGUAGAUGCUCUCUCUCUCUCCCUCAGACAGCAAAACUAGGGAAACUAGGUCAUUUCGGUAUCCAUACAUUGUGUACAUAUUUUUUAUUUGAAUUAUUUAGAGGGAAUAUCAAUCUGAUUAAUAUACAAAUCUAUAUUUCGUUUCGUUUUUUUAUACUUUCGAUGGCCUACACUACAUGAAGAUCUGACCGGUUGUAACAGACCGUUUCAUUGGCUUAUCCCUCACAUCAUUCAGAACACAUCAAUGAUAACAACUCUUCCAGGUCCUAGUGUAGUAAACACAUGUAAAACGAAAUUUUGAACUAUACAAAGGAAACGAAUUAGGAUCUGUGUUUUAAUUAGAUUGAGGUAAUAUUAAAGGGCACAUAAGAUGGACGACAUUACUUUUCGGUACAUAUAGCCAAUGGUUACUAUAUCCAAUUUACGGCAAGUUUACACCAAUCUGAGUAAAAUUAAUUUCGGCUAUCAUCACUCAAAGACGCCAAAAGAGACCUCCUGUAAAAACAACUUUGCCAAUUAUCGAAAACACUCUUAUUCCCCUCAGAUGCCAGUGAUGUCACAGUGACCGAAUGCAUAAUUGGAAUGUUUAUUCCUUAAUUACCUAUAUACAGCGGGUGUGUGUAUUCAUUAACGCCUGACUGAUUUUUUAAUCCCCUAAUGAAAUAAAACAAUUGACA